CAACAGAAGAAGAGUAAGCAGCGGCAGCAGCCGUGGACCAGCAGGUGGCGUUGUCUGUGCCUUUAACUCCAGGGGACCACGCAUCUGCUGCAAUGUUAACACACAGCUGAAACUUCCGAUCUGUGGCUUCCGUAUCUGACAGGCACCACCCAUGGAGUACAAUAAAGUGGUGGCACUUGGGAUUUUUUGCUUCUGUCUCUUUGGGGAAUGUUGGACAGAGAAACCAAGUCCCCCUCCAACAGAGAGCCAGAGUGUUGAAAAUGGGGUGUCAGAUUUUUGUUUCAUCGACACACCGCUGUGCAUGGACGACAAUGCCAUUCUCAGCUUUGAGGCAAUUCGUAGUAUCCACAAGAGGAUGGAUGAUGAUGCAGAUGGCAGUGUUGACGUGGUGGAGACAGAUGAGUUCCUGAGAGAAGACCUAAACUACCAUGAUCCCAAGGCCAAACAUAAUACCUUCCAUGGGGAUGACCAGUUCAUUAGUGUGGAGGACUUGUGGAAUGCAUGGAAAGCCUCUGAAGUUUAUAACUGGACAGUGGAUGAAGUGGUAGAAUGGCUCAUCUCCUAUGUGGAACUGCCACAGUAUGUGGAUGCAUUUCGCAAGAAUUUUUUUAAUGGAAGUGUCAUGCCUAGGCUAGCUGUAAAGAACACCACUCUGACAGCCUCAAUCCUAAAGAUUCUGGAUCGCAGCCAUUUGCAAAAGUUGCAGCUGAAAUCUUUGGACACUGUGCUAUUUGGCCCGCCACUGAUGAAUAGACAUAAUCACUUGAAGGACUUCAUGCUGGUUGUGUCAAUAGUCAUUGGAAUGGGAGGCUGUUGGUUUGCCUACAUCCAAAACAGAUACUCUAAGGACCACAUGAAGAAGAUGAUGAAGGAUCUGGAGGGUCUACAGAGAGCUGAACAGAGUCUGCAUGAUUUACAGCAGAAGUUGCAGAUAGCACAGGAGGAGCAUCGCACUGUUGAGGUAGAGAAGGUGAACUUGGAGCAGAAGCUGAGGGAUGAGAUCAGUGCAGCCAAGCAGGAGGCUCACCGCCUGAGGGAGCUGCGUGAAGGCACAGAGAAUGAAUUGAGUCGUCAGAAAUAUGCAGAAGAGGAGCUAGAACAGGUGCGCAUGGCCCUAAAAAAGGCAGAGAAAGAACUGGAGUCACGGUGUAGCUGGUCACCACCAGAGGCUCUGCAAAAGUGGCUGCAGCUCACCCAUGAGGUAGAAGUGCAGUAUUACAACAUCAAGAAGCAAAAUGCUGAACGGCAGCUCAUGGUGGCUAAAGAAGGGGCAGAGAAGAUAAAGAAAAAGCGGAACACUCUCUUUGGAACUUUCCAUGUAGCUCACAGCUCAUCACUGGAUGAUGUGGACCACAAAAUCCUGGCAGCAAAGCAGGCACUGGGCGAGGUGACAGCAGCGCUGAGGGAGAGACUGAAUCGCUGGCAGCAGAUCGAACUCCUCACAGGUUUCACUAUCGUCAGCAACCCGGGUCUGCCUUCACUGGCCUCAGCCCUCAACCUUGAUCCCAGCUUCAUGGGUGGUGGCAGAGCUACACCUCAGCACUUCAUCAUGACUGAUGAUAUAGAUGACUUGGAUGAGGACAUCGUGCCGUCUGGAACUCUGCAAUCCACCAGUAUGAUGUCCCUGCGCCAACGCUACAUUGAUCCCCAGCUGGCAAUGGGCUCUCAGAGCUCUGUGGGUGGCACUAUAGCUCCUCACUCCUCCCAUACAUAUCAUGCUUCUUUCCAGCCGAUGGACCCCAUUCCUGAUUGCACUGUCUCAGAUGACUCCGAAGCACUCUCCUCAUGCAACAACAGCUUCGGGGACCUAAAUCGCUCUGAUUCUGACUCCUCCCUGUUAGUUUCUCAAAUUGGUGAUCGGCUAUCUGCCUACAGCUCCAAAGGCUUCAUCAAAUCCAGUUCUUUCAUGCAAGCCCCACCUUCCACCCGCACAGAGGAAACCACCUCACUGCAUGCUUACACCCCCAAUGGAGAGAACCGGGUUAACGAAGCAGGAGGUCACGUGGAGCCCGAUAGCCCCAUACAGAUGAAGAAGGUUUAUGGAAUGGAGACGUCAAGCAGCCUGGGAGAGAUCAACAGUCUGUCAGAGUCAUCACGCUCCCUCAGCCCCAACUCCACUGAACCUGAAACACCGUCACCUACAGGAAACCCAGGGCUCCUGGGGGCAAAGGGAAGCAGCCGCAUCCCACAGCUGUCUUCCAAGAAGAGCCCCCUGGAGGAGGACAGUGGAUCAACGGGAGAAGACACAGAUUCUACUGCCAGCCGCAAGAAACACACCUUCAAAAUCUUCAAAAAACAAAAGAAAUAGGGGCUAUGUGAACUCUUUGCUCUAAAUGCUGUUUGACUGUAUCUGUCUUUGCUCUUUUUUUUUUCAUUUUUUGAUUUAUUAAUGGUUACAUGAUGGUGCAAUAUGUCACCAUUGCAUCUUUUUGUAGGCAUAAUACCUACAUAAACUGGACUAUGGGAGCAACCAGCUAUUCAGUUGCAUCUGCAUAUGUGGUCAAAGUUGCAUAUGUGGGAAAUGGGUUGGUUUAUACAUUAAUAUGUGAAGUAUUUAUUCUGCAGGAGAAUAUACCAGCCUUACCGGAAAUGUCUAAUGGUGGGUUUUCUUUCUUGUUAUACAAUUUUGAACAUUUUGCAUGUUUGUACUUUGGUUUGGCUGAUACCUGAAUGCUCUUUAGUGUUUGCUUGGUUCUUGUCCUCAAGCUGUUUGGACACUUGGUGUUUCUUUUAUUAGCUCCUUUGAGUCUAAUAUGAAUGCGCCCCCCCACCACCACCCAUUUUGCUUUGCCCAAAUGCCUGUCUGUGAUGAACUACCCCCUUUCCACUUACCGGCAGAACAAAUUAAGAUACUACACAGAAUGAUGGCCAAACCAUGUAAUUUAGCAUGACGUAUUGGCACAAUGCCACUGUGCCAGUUGUACAUCUGAUUUCCUCUGACAUGUUCACAUGACAUGUAUUUAAAAAAAAAAAAAAAAAAUCUUUAAGUGCAUUAAUGUACUCAGUUUUCUGGCUUGGGUGUUAUCAGUGGCAAAAUUACAUCAGGUGUAUAAAGUGAAGAGUAACCGAGUAGGUGGAUCCUCUAAAAUUGAAGGAUGAGUUGAGUGCCAUGUGUGCUUGACAGAAUCAUUGAUCAAAGAGUAGCAGAAAUGUCAACAUUUUACCCCUGUUGAAUAUUUGAAUUUCAGUUUCCUUUCAUAUUUUGGACCAGCAAUUGCUGUAGUGUUUAUUUGAUAAAACUGUUUGCACAUAUGAAGUGAAGUACUUGGUUAAAAUUGCUCUCAAAUAUAUAUAUAUAUAUUAAUCCUUAGUUACAUGUAUUAUAAAGAAAUGAGAAUCAUUGCUGGCAGUUUUGUGUUAAUGUAACAUGAGUGAUAUAGGUGAGCACCAAAUUCCUCAUUGGAUAGGAAAACCUGUAUGUGCAUGUCAAGAAUUUACCCAUACCUUGCAAAAGGUUUUAUGUUGACACCCCUUUAAAAACAAGUCUAUAGUAGUGAUUUGUGUUUAUUCUUAAAACUGCUGAAGUGUUAUAAUUAAAUAGGUGGAGUCUCAUUUGCAAAACUAAAAUUAUGCAUAUGCACAAAAAUGUAAAACGGUGUUACCCCCCCCCCCCCCCCCCCCCCCAAUUAUUUUAAACCAUGCGUACAUGCACCUGGAAGCAGUAUUCAUUAUCGAUGACACUCUACUUGGGAUUGUGUGCACAUGGAUCAGCCUCACACCCACUUUCAGCCAUAAAUGAUCAAAUGAAAAACUCAAUGAAUAUUUAAACCAACAAAAUAAGUCUAAGUAUUUAAUUAUGGCAACCAAGAGGAAGAGCAGUAACCCUUUUCUGAAACAGAAAUCAAGGUGGUUGGGGUGAGGUGGAGACGAGAACCAAAUUUGGUGGUCACAGCAGUGUGGUGAC